AUCACCAUUUUCUUAUGUGAAUAGACAAUGGCUGCUGCUGUCAAUUUCCCUGGCCAGCUCCCACGGCAGACCAUCUCCCUCAAAGGAGUGGCUGGACUCACUCUCGCCUCCUCUCCCUUUAAAGGGUCGAGUCAAUUAAUGCUGAGCAACGUGAAGAUGGAACAAGAAGUAGCAUGUUUAAGAAAACAGGUAAAUAACAAAUUGUUCAACAAAAGAUGGGUCAACUUGGUUGUGUCAGCGGCUGCUGAUUUCGACUUGAAAUUGGGUUCUUCUCCGUCCAAUAUGAUCAAGCAAUUCUAUACAUGCAUCAAUGACAAGAAGCUGAAGGAACUAGAUGGCUAUAUCUCGGAGGAUUGUCACUUCGAAAACUGCUCCUUCCUUCAACCAAUGCAAGGGAAAAGGGAGGUUAUGCAUUUCUUUCGACAACUUACAGCAGGCAUGGGCGAGAAUAUGAAGUUCAUCAUUGAACAUGUAUGUGAAGAUGAUGAAAUGACAGCAGGCGUGAAUUGGCACUUAGAAUGGAAAACGAUCCAGAUACCCUUCACCAGAGGAUGCAGCUUCUAUGAAUGUUCUCACAAAGACGACAGACUUGUUAUCAAGAAAGCUCUGGUUGUGAUAGAAUCACCCAUCAAACCAGGAGGCAUUGUUCUGACUCUGUUAAAGAAUAUGACUGCAAUAUUUGAUGAUUUCCCAAGAGCUGCAGAAUGUAGGGUUGCUAAAGAGUCCUCAUGUCAUAAUGCAAUUCUGUUCAAAAAUUUACAGCAGGCUUUUGGCCCCUCUUGUCAACCCACUUCUUGCAGGCUACAUCAGAGCCUGGAAACCCAUUGCAAGAUUAUUUGCUUUUGCACUGAACAUAGUAUUCCAUUUUCUAAAUAAGUAUUUUGGAUAGGAUGCACUCACAAAAGUUUUUAUAUACAUAAACACCAACAGUAGAGAUUGCAGCUUUACAUCAACAGUCAGUCAUCAUCACCGUCAUGGCUCGACCACAUUUCAAACAACGAGAGAGCAAUUAAUGGUCCAAAAACAGGUGGUAAUGGAGGAGGUUUGCUGAAGGCAACAAUAGGAUCCAUCUUUUCAUUUGGAGCUAGCACUUUUUCGAAAGAAGCAUUGCCCUCUUGUCUCUUCCGAGUUGAAGUGGCUACAGUACCUAGUUUUGUGAGGAUGUGAUUAUCAGUAAUAAAAGCUGUUAAUUAUAUGAUUGUCUUUUUCGCUACAGUUCAAAUAAAAACAAGAAUCGUUUCAAGGGA